AGAAAGGGUUUCCGAGAAUUUGUUGUUCUCCGCUCCCGUUGCAGCCGAAUCGAUAAGCAGGAGGGAUAGUCGUAGAGAGAAGAUGCAAGACGGCGACGAUUUAAGCAUCGAGGAGCUCGCUUCCAAUCUUUCUACUUACAAGGAUCAGCUCCGCGAGAUUAGAAAACUAUCGUCUUAUGAUCCUGGAAACUCUGAAUAUGAAGAUAUGGAGAAGGAGCUUGAAGAGGUUAUUGCUUUGACAGAGGAGCUUCUGACAACUGCAAAGCCAACAGAUGCAUGUCAGCAUGACACUGAUGCAUCUUUCAGUGGCCAUUUUGGUGGAACAUCUCAUUCCAAGGCAUCAUUUGAACAUUCUCAACCACACGAAAGUUUUACUGUUGGUACCAAAGUUCAAGCAGUUUGGAGUGAAGAUGGGGAAUGGUACAAUGCAAUAAUUGAUGCUAUUACUCCUAAUGGAUAUUAUGUCUCCUAUGACGGGUGGGGAAACAAGGAGGAGGUGGAUCCUGCUAAUGUUAGGCCAGUGGAAGAGGGAGACGCUUUAUUAGAAGCUGAGCGAGAAGCUGAAGCUACCAAACAAGCCAUUAAAAGGAAAAUUGCACAAGCUGCUAUUACUGAUUACCAAGCACGAACUUUACCUGCUAAACUCCGGAUUGAUCCCAAUGAUCCCGAAGAUAUUAAAGCUGCGAAACGCAAGAAAAUACAUGCAUUCAAGUCAAAGGUUCGAAGUGAACAGCUUGAAGUUGCACAAAAUAAGCGGCAGAACUCAUGGCAGCAAUUCCAAUCCACCAAAGGGAAGACCAAGAAGAUUGGAUUCUUCUCGGGUCGGAAGAGAGAAAGUAUAUUCAAGUCCCCCGAUGAUCCUAGUGGUAAGGUUGGUGUUACUGGCAGUGGAAAGGGACUGACAGAGUUCCAAAAAAGAGAGAAACACUUGCAUCUCAAAGGAGGCAUGGUGGAUGCAGAGGAAUAGGCAUCAUAGUAAUUAUCCAAAAGGAGGGUUCAAUUCGAUUAGAAAUCAUCGACGGGACAGCUUUAACUUAGCUCGAUGCUCAUCUUCACUGUAUUUCUCUGUUGCAUUUCAAAAGUAAAAUUACUAGAAAAAUAGGACAGCACAAGCGCUGUUUGGAUAUGAAAACAUUCUAUGGUUUCCAUCCAUUUUAGAUUUGAUCCUUGAGUGAACUGACAUUUAUAUUCUUUGGUAGAAGACUUGUUUAAUUCCUCUAAAAACUAACGUUCUUGUAAAUUUAUUGUGUUUGUAAAUAUUAACAAAUGAUUUGGAUGAA